CUGUUUUAUCUUCAAUUCUUUGAAGCUGAAGCCGACAAAACCAAAGCGAGUCGUUUCAAUUUUGCCGAUAAAAGUUUCAGAAAGCUCUGCUUGUGAAGUGUCGAUUAAAUUAAAAGUUGGACACUUCGUGUCACGUAAGGAUGGCCGCACCAUCGAAGAAAUUGAAAAAGGCAGAUUCAACGGCUCACCCCGAGUUAGAGCCCAAAGACUUUGAUGAAGAUACACAGAAAGCCUUAGAAGAAAUAGAUAGUUGCCAAAAUGAAAUUGAAGCUCUGAACGAGCAGGCCAGCGAGGAAAUAUUGAGGGUUGAACAAAGAUUCAACCGGCAGCGUAAACCGCACUUCGAGAGACGGGCAAACAUUAUAUGUAAAGUACCUCAUUUUUGGACAACAGCCUUCACAAAUCAUCCAGAUUUAAAUUCAUUAUUAGAAGAGCCAGAGGAAGACUGCUUCAACUUUUUGACUGUGAUCGACGUUGAAGAAUUUGAAGACAUUAAGUCGGGUUACCGAUUAAAAUUCUACUUUACUGAAAACCCGUACUUUGAAAACCCUGUGUUGACGAAAGAAUUUCAGCUCGGAAACUCAGGUGCCCCAACUUCUUCAUCUAUUCCUAUCAGAUGGAAGGAGGAUAUGGAUUUAACGCACACGAAUGAGCCAACAUGUACAAGAACUGGCCGCAAGCGCCAGUUAGAUCAGCGAUCAUUUUUUACGUGGUACAAUGAUCAUUCGGAUCCUACCUCUGAUUCUAUUGCUGAAAUCAUCAAAGAUGAUUUGUGGCAUAACCCCCUUCAGUACUUCCUCAUCCCUGACGUGGAUGUGGGAAACGGUAUUGACGAUGACGAGGAGGGCGAGGAUGUUAAUUCUCCCGAGGAAGAUGAGGGCGAGAUAGAGGACGUGCCGCUAGUUGAACAAAGUGAAGUGGAUCAGCCACCUGCACAGGGCGAUGAACCUGACGAUUAAUUGUAUACUUCAUUUCGUUUCAUUUUGUAUGACCGUUGGUCCGCACCUAAUUUUUUCGUUGGAUUAAAAAUUCAAGCAUUUCCUGAGACUUGAGUGUGUACAAACUGAUCU